UUGUGUAAACACUUUGGCUUUUGCCGCUCCUCGCUCUUUGUUCGGAUUAAAAACCUAAAGACUUUGUGUCUUUUUUAAAUCAAUGCGCAUGUGUUCAUUUAUUUAUUUAUUUAUUUAUUUUACAUUUUAGCCGGCCUUAGUUUAAACUCUUGCUCAUGGGGGGUGCAGUUGCACUUUUGCUUUCCGGCCAGCCGUCCCCUCUCCUCAGUGAAGACGCGCCGGGGCAGUGCGCCUGGCUGAGCAGCGCCGGAGGAAGCGAAGCGUGUGGAAGAAGAGUCCACCGAACUCCGAGCGACAGGUUCGUGGGGUUUAUUUCUCCGCGUUUUGACCGUGCCAAUCUGGAUUUGGACUGAGUGAAAAAAGAAACAAACACCUGCAGGGCCGCCACACCUGGGGCCCAAACUCCACGACUGCAGUAUGGGCAACUUUUCCAGCAAGGACGGCCAUGGACCCCCAGGGCCCCAUGGGGAGAGUUUCCACACUCCUCCUGCCACUCCGCAGGGUGAUGUGCCUGCCGUCAUGCCCGGUUUCCCCCAACUCCUUCACCCGGCCACGCCUCAACCUUCCCUCGCCGCCCCGGUUUCAGCACCACCUCCGGUCCCCGUCGUCACAUCGAUCGGGAGGAAGACGCAGCCCGCCGCCGCCGCCACCGCUGCCGCCAUCAGCCCGGCCACUCCCAGCGCUUUCAGACCAGGCCCCGAUUGGAGGCCUCCACCGCCAGCUGGCCCGGGCGGCCUCGGAGUGAGCCCGAUGCACAACAACAAGCCGGCGGCGGCCGUGGUUGAAGGACAAGCUGCCCUGGGGAGGAACGGGGGUCCCCUCACCUCUACCCCGAGGACUCCAGCCGCCAAAGGGAAGACGGUGGCCGUCAGCCCCGCAAAGAGCCCCUCCCCUCUGUGUGGUGACUCACCCCUGGUGGGCAGCCCCCCGGGGCAGAGCUGGAGGGAAAGGGACAGUGGCCUGAGUCAGUCUCUACUGGCCGCUCCUGAUUGUGGCGACAGCCACGCUGAGGAACUGGGGAAGCUGCUGGAGGAGUGUAGGACAUCACUGGGUAUCACUGCCAGUCACGACGGGGCCACGAGCACAGCAGAGAUACUGAGGCCUCUGCUGGCGGAAGUGAAGAAUUUGAAGAGCACUCUGCAGACGGAGCGCGGGGAAUGGCUGCAGUUCCAGGCCGACCUCCAGGUGGCGGUGUCGGUGGCAGACCGCCUGAGAGCGGAGGGCGAAGAGGAGCUGGCGGCGCUCCGAGCGGCGCACGAGGACGUGGAGAGGGAGCUGGCCGCUGCCCAGCAGAGACAGAGGGAGGCCGACGUGCAACUGGUCACCCUGAGGGCGGAGCUACAGGAGAGCAGGCAGAGGCUGGCAGCCCUCAGCCCGGCUCAAGGUCGAACCGACGGCCAGGCUCCGCGUCAGGAGCCGGAGAGGCCCAGCGCAGAACCGGCCAACGCCUCUGAGGGCAAAGAAGGCACCCAGAGGGCCACGGACAGGGCGGCGAUCAGGUCGGGCCGAGAAGGUGUGGAAAGGAGGAGUGAGAAUGACCCCACAAAGAAUGUUGUCGGCGAGGAGGCGAGAACAGGUUCCAAGGGCGUGGCCAAACGCUACCUGAGAAAUGUGACCAACGAGGACAGGAGUGGAGAGGAGGUGCGCUCCGCUGAAACGGGAAGGACGGUAACCACAGGGAGAUCGAGAAGCCUGUGCAGGUUACCUGCCUCCUCAGACGCCAUCGCCGUGCAGAAUGGAACGUCCCAGUCCAAUGCAGCCUCAACGGUUGCACCCUCAAACACUAACUCAGGACAACUAAGAGGCCGAAGAAAUCUGGACUGGCAAGACGGGAAACGUGAGGAGACUCUAAACAAAUACAACGCUGCCCUUACUGAGUUACCUCCCACCAAGUCCCAGGAUGGUUUCAACCUGCUGCUGCGUCGCCAUGGAGGCUCCAAGAGGAACUCGCUGCUCCGCUGGUGUCAGAGCCGAACCCAGGGCUACAAGAAUAUUGACAUCACCAACUUCAGCAGCAGCUGGGCCGACGGCCUGGCCUUCUGCGCCGUCUACCACACCUACCUUCCCUCCCACGUCCCUUACAGCAGCCUGACUCCGGAGAACAAGAGGGACAACCUGAGUCUGGCGUUCAAAACAGGAGGGGCGGUCGGGAUUGCACAAACCCUGACGGCAGAGGAGAUGCUGAAGGCAGGUGGUCCCGACUGGCAGAGGGUCCUGAGCUACGUGGAGAGCAUGUACCGUCACUUUGAGAUGUGACUAUCUGGAGGUACUGACGGGACACGAUCGAAGGAAACUCCGUCGGGGACAACCGGAGAGACCUUUCCUCUGUUUGCGAUAACAAACAAACAAACAAACCAAAACUUUUGGACGAUAAAUAUAAUUUUUGCUCGACGUGCAGUGCAGGGUAUCUGAGAAAUAACAGUGAGGGUGACGAAACAGCCGUCGUGACCAAAGGGCGUGAAACACUGACGGACAUCAGCUUUUCCUUCUCGCCGUUUUUCCUUUCCUUUUUUAAAUGUGACAUUACGGAUGCUGGCUCGUGCAAGAACAGACAAUAUUUACUGAGCAAGUGUGUUUACAUACAGUCACAUUCUGUAACACUGGAGUUACAAUCUUUUGUUUUGUCCUAUUUGCUGACGACAUGUUUUACUAUUGAAUUGGUCUAUUAAUAUAUAGUUUAUAGACACCUGAUCAAGGCUUGGGAAAAAUGUGGAAAAAACACCUAUUUCCUUAAAAAUAGAUAAAUAAAAUAUUUAAUGUAGAAAUGUCCUCAGACCAGGUCGAGGCAGCGGAAGUGAGGAGAUGAAAAGUAUCCAGUUUUGAUUUCCCGUACGUACUCAGCUGACAUUUCACACACACACACACACACACACACACACACACACACACACAGUGAGGACAAUUCAGACCCAGUGAGUUACAUAUUGUACCGGUAGCUUUCAAAAUAAAAGUUAUGAUGGACCACCUUUAUCGAAAUUCAGAAUAUAUGGAUCUUAGGAGCGUCUCUUAGAGGAAGGUUGUGUUAACAGAGAGAGGUGCUGUAAACGUCUCCACACUGGUAGUUCGUCGGCAGAGAGGGCUUUUAUCCCUAGAUAUCUUCAGAUAGGUUCUACAGUAUCUGCCAGUAUGUCUUGCCCUUUAUCCCUGGGUUUCAUGCUCUGAAAAGAUUGCUCUGUUUGUCCGGGACCUUUUCAGCAUCCUUUGGAUAUUGCACUUUGUCCGCACCUUUUCUGCGUAAGAAUGUAAUAGUGUGCAGGUGGUGACGCUGCAGGCGAGUCCAUUUCUGUCUUCGAGCUGCAGUCGAACUGCUUUCUCGCAGGGAAACUGUGAAGCGGAAAACAAAGAGAGCGCCUCCCCGUCAUCACAAGUGUGCCAGUACCGCUUUGGUGCUCAGGGAUGUGCAUUACAGAAGUGACGGACUAAAAAAAACACGAGCAUACACGAUCAACAACAAUGUCGCGUCACAAACUGCAUCCUCGCAGAUGCACAAAGGUCACAUUCCACCGGUGGCGAGAGACUGAAUGCCAGGUGCUGUUAUGACAUGCUUCAUGCCCGACUGUGUUGCCAGCGCCGUACGUGCCUAAUAUUGGACAAAUGACACUGUAUAUUGUAAAACAUGUUUAUAUGUGUAUCUAGUGUGAGAAGGAAAAAAACAACAACAAAAAAAACAACGUGAUACCAAAGAAAUAAAGUAUUAAUAUGAAACAAAA